GUCCAUCUGCAUUCAGUUCUCCAUCUAACCAAACCACUCACACAAUGAAACUCCAUUCGCACACUCCUGCUCCCUCAGCCCUUAUCUUCUUCUUCACCACCACCCUUCUCCUCCUCCGCCCUACCGAGUCAACUCAGCUUCCAUAUUCCUGUGACUCGUCCCCACCCUCAACCAGCUCCUACCCUUUUUGCAAAACGACCCUCCCCAUCUACAAAAGAGUCCGGGACCUCGUCUCCCGCCUCACAUUGGACGAGAAAAUCUCCCAACUCGUUAACUCAGCCCCUCCGAUUCCCCGACUAGGCAUCCCGAGUUACGAGUGGUGGUCCGAGGCUUUACAUGGCGUCGCGGACGUCGGCAAAGGUAUUAAACUUUACCCCACCAUUAACAACGCCACAAGCUUCCCUCAAGUCAUCCUCACCGCGGCUUCUUUCAACGACCAUCUCUGGUACCGCAUUGGCCAGGUGAUUGGGACUGAAGCUCGAGCAGUGUACAAUGCCGGACAAGCAACAGGGAUGACAUUUUGGGCACCAAAUAUCAACAUUUUCAGAGACCCGAGAUGGGGGAGAGGGCAAGAGACACCUGGCGAAGAUCCAACGGUCGCCGGAAGAUACGCGGUGUCGUAUGUGAGAGGGGUUCAGGGCGACUCGUUUUUUGGAGGGAAGCAUAAACUUGGUGCUGGUGGUCGUCUUCAAGCUUCAGCUUGCUGCAAGCAUUUCACAGCUUAUGAUUUGGACAGUUGGAACAAUGUCACUCGUUUUCGCUUCGAUGCUCGUGUGACACAGCAAGACCUAGCAGACACAUACCACCCUCCGUUCCAAAAAUGCGUGCAGGAAGGCCAAGCCAGCGGCAUAAUGUGUGCCUACAACCGCGUCAAUGGGGUUCCAAGCUGUGCAGAUUAUAAUCUCCUCACCAAGGUUGCAAGAGGACAAUGGGACUUUCAUGGGUACAUCACGUCGGACUGCGAUGCUGUGUCCAUCAUCCACGAUAUGCAAGGAUACGCUAAAAAGCCCGAGGAUGCAGUCGCAGAUGUCCUCAAAGCAGGCAUGGAUGUGAACUGUGGAUCCUACUUGAAGGAUCACAUUAAAUCAGCAGUGGAGCAGAAAAAGCUAAAUGUAUCAAAAAUAGACAGAGCACUCCACAACCUCUUCUCAGUGAGGAUGAGGCUUGGCCUGUUUGAUGGAAAUCCACUGAAACAACCCUAUGGAACCAUUGGUCCAGACCAAGUGUGCUCCAAACUGCACCAGGCUUUAGCCCUAGAAGCUGCUCAGGAUGGAAUAGUGCUUUUGAAAAACUCUGGUAGGCUUCUCCCACUCCCAAAAGCAAAAGCCAUUUCAUUGGCUGUCAUUGGUCCCCUUGCUAAUGCUUCAGAAGCACUUCUGGGAAACUACCAUGGUCUUCCAUGCAAAUCCGUCACCCCAUUAGAAGCACUUCAGGACUAUGCUAAAAACAUGAUCUCUAACCCGGGCUGUGAUUCGGUUCAGUGUCCCCAAGCUUCUUUUGAUGAAGCUGUUGGAAUGGCAAAAGAAGCAGAUUAUUUGGUUUUGAUUGUGGGAUUGGACCAAAGUCAAGAGAGAGAGGGACAUGAUAGAUUGCACUUGGAAUUGCCUGGGAAGCAGCAACAGCUAAUUACUAGUGUGGCUAAAGUUGCUAAGAAACCUGUUGUUCUUGUGAUUCUUAGUGGGGGUCCAGUUGACAUUUCUUUUGCUAAAUUGGACAAAAAAGUUGGAAGCAUCUUGUGGGCUGGAUAUCCUGGUGAAGCAGGUGGAAUUGCCCUUGCUGAAAUCAUCUUUGGUGAUCACAACCCAGGUGGAAGAUUGCCAAUGGCUUGGUACACACAAGAUUAUGUUAAAAUGCCAAUGACGGAUAUGAGAAUUAGGCCUGACCCAAAAACAGGCUACGUUGGUCGCACUUACAGAUUCUAUACAGGCAGAAAACUUUUUGACUUUGGUUAUGGCCUCAGCUACUCAAACUAUGUUUAUGAGUUUGCCUCUGCAGAAUCCCAGAACAAGCUCUACUUAAAUGAAUCAUCAAUUAGUCCCACAGUUAAGUCAUCGGACUUCGGCAGGUACCAGUUAGUCCAAGACCUAGGUGAAGAAUUCUGCGAGAAAAAGAAGUUACCGGUCAGAGUUGGGGUUCAAAAUCAUGGCGAGAUGGCCGGGAAGCAUCCGGUGCUGCUUUUUAUGGGUGAGAAGAAUCCAAAAAAUGGAAGGCCAAUGAAGCAGUUGGUUGGAUUCCAGAGUGUGAUAUUGAAUGCUGGGGAAAGAGCAGAAGUUGAAUUUGUUUUGAGCCCUUGUGAGCACUUGAGCCAUCCAAAUGAGGAAGGUUUGAUGGUGGUUGAAGAAGGUUCUUAUUUCUUGGGUGUUGGAGAUGUAGAGUACCCUCUUGAUAUCAUAGUCUGAUAUAUAAAGUAAGGGUUGCUUCUUGCAACAGCCAUAUUCGUUGGUUGCGAAAUUAUGAAUGCAAAUCUUAAAUAUGGAAGAGCCAACUUUGAGCUGUUUCUGGUAGUCUUGUGUUCCUUCGUUGCUACCGUCAAAUCAACAUUAUAAUUUUCGUGAUCGAUUCA